AGACAUGAGUAGUGCAAGACGAAGGCGCUGUACCACAAUGACAAGAAGACUGGCUGCUUUGAUUCUUCUAAGUACAAUUUACCUGAUUCAAACUGCAGAGGUUCCUCGCCAGAUCUCUUUGACUGUGGUUGAACUUGGUGACAAUUUUACUUUUCGCUGUCUGGUCUCUGAGACGGAUGGCAAAUACUUUUAUUGGUACAAGCAGUCCCUUGGAUAUAUGGUCCAAAUGAUCGCUGGAGUAAUACUUGGCAAAAUAACAGUUAGCGAUCAAUUUAAAGACUCUGGUUUCACAGUAACAAAAGCGGAUACUCAGUAUUGUCUUACUAUCAGAAAUGUCAGUAAAAACGAUGAAGCAACAUACUUCUGUCAAAAUGGACAGUCGUAUUCACAGACUUUCAUUAAUGGCAUCUUCUUGGCUGUGAAUGAUCCUAAUCAGCAGAAAUCUGUCAUGGUGAAACAAAGUCCGGAGACAGCAUCAGUCCAACCUAGAGGCUCAGUUACCAUCCAGUGUUCACUUCUCUCCAAGAACAAAGGAAACACAGAUCAAUGUCCAGAGGAACACAGUGUGUACUGGUUCAGAGCUGGAUCAGGAGAAUCCCAUCCAAACAUAAUUUACAGUCAAAACAACACCAGUGAUGAACAGGUGGAAAAGAGCUGUGUCUACAGUCUGUCCAAAACUAUACAGAGCCCCUCUGAUGCUGGGACGUACUACUGUGCUGUGGUCACAUGUGGAGAGAUCCUGUUUGGUGAAGGAACAAAAGUGGACACAAGAAAUGUUCCUGAUUCAGGAUCUGAAUUAGCCCGAGUUGUCGUGAUGCUAGGAGUGGUGUUGGCCUGCUGUGUGAUGGUGAUUGUCGUCCUUAUUUUCUACAUGAAUCGAAGGAAAGUUUGUGAACAUUGCAAAGGAGCAAUGAGUGAUUCCCAUCAUCUUGGACAUGACAGGUCGACUGUGGAUCAAUCAAAUUAUCUGGAUGUUGAAGAAAAGGAAGUAAAAUAUUCAGCACUGGAUUUCUCCACAAGGAAAAUGAAAAGAGGGAUGAAGAAGGGAGAGUUAUCACAAGAGUGUGCAUACUCUGUUGUUAGAGCAGGUUACCACAACCAGCAACACCCCUCUCUAUAGGCAGAGCACGGUUGGUGCACUGCUCCUAAAAUCUCUACAGACGGCCUCAGCUUAGCUCAUGUCAGGGUGUGUUCACAUCAGAUAGAUUCAGCAUCAGCUUAUCAGGUGCUUUAUUAAUUCAAUGCAUGUGUGUCAGUAUUUCUGUAAGUACACAUGUUGUUAACAUGUCUGUAGUUCUGUGUUUGCUUCUGGUGUUAAUAUACAGUAACUAGAACAUCAGCCAUUAUUACAUUUUUAAAAAGUAUCUAUUGAAUGAAAUCCAUGUUGAAAAUAAUUUAGAUUCUGAAGACGUUUACUUACAAUAGAUUUAUGAACAUGUGACUCUAAACAAGAUUAUUCAUAAUGAUGCAAUAAACAUAUUUUUAAAUA